GUUCUCAGGAGAACUCAAGAAUAACUGGAGGGAGAGGUCAUUUAGGAGUCCUUAGCUGCUAAUGCGAACACCAAUGAGCGUCACCAGUGAGAUGACAACUCCCUUAAGGUAUGUUUCCCUGGCCGAGAUGAGAUUCACCUGCAACAAAGACGCGUGAGAACAACAUUAAAAAGUCCUCGACAGAGCUUCAGAGCUGAGUGGAACCUAAACACGGGGUGUUCUCUGAACUGGGUUGCAUUAAGGAGCAGAGAUCCUGGGUCCACUACGUGCCAGCGCAGCAGAGCAGAUGGACCAGGUGUCGUACCGGUCAGUGGGCAGUGAUGAGAUUACAGAUGAGUCAGCAUCAGUGUUGGAGGACAGGUGGAGCUCCUCUGAAGAAGAGGCCUCCGACCCUCAGGCACAGUGUCUUGCAGCCCCACAGGCUCCUCUGCCGACCUACAAACAAAGGUUUGAUGAAUUCAAGAAGUUGUUCAAAGAACUGCCGGAGUCAGAAAGACUCAUAGUGGACUACCCGUGUGCCCUCCAACGGGACAUCCUCCUUCAGGGACGCCUCUACCUCUCAGAAAACUGGCUCUGUUUCUAUAGCAACGUGUUUCGGGGAACCAAGAUUAUACUGACACUAAAAGACGUCGUUACUAUGACCAGAGAGAAAACCGCUCGGCUCAUUCCCAACGCCAUCCAGGUGUGCACGAGCACCGACAAGUACUUCUUCACUUCCUUCUCGGCGAGAGAGAAAAGUUACCUGGGAGUUUUCCGCAUGUGGCAGAACACGCUGUUAGACAAGGUAAGGCCCUGUUUCACUCACCUGCUGUUUCUUUAUAAAGUCACCAAACUACAAACACGUGCUGCGUCAGGACAAUCUCGAUACUCCAUGUGUUAUGCAUUUCAUACCUCAGUGACAUGUGUCAAGAAAAAAAAAACAUGUCCUCAAGACAAACAUUUCACAUGUAUCACAAAUGACUGUCAUUAACUCUAACAUACUUUAAUGCUGUGACUGAAGCAGCUGUGUGACUUUCACCCAUCCUGCAGCACUUAUCUAAUCGGUCCAGAGUACAUAUCAUGCCGGCCCAGCCACAGACUAUCUUCCUCAGUGGUUAUCAGUGUUUUCUCCUGGUGCAUGUUGGGUAAAGAUCUGCACAGAGCAGCUCAGCAGGUUUUGCCUUGGAGUACGACAGAUGGAAGCUUUUGUUUAUUGUUCCACAUACAGAGGUAGGAAUAAUUUACAUACAUGUAUGACAGGAGUAGCAGACAGCUAUAUUUAUUUAGUUCACCCAAGUCUAAAAGUUAAAGGGAUCAUGACCAUUAGACUAGGUAACUUAGCAUUUAUUAAUUUAUUUGCUUAUAUCAAAAUCUCCAGCAGAAACAUUGCAAACAGAUGGAAAACCUUCCCUUUAGGAAGUUUUUAGCAUGUGAAAUUUUCAUUUUUUUAAUCAAAUGUGGGGAUAAUUAAAGUGCGAAUGCUUUAAAAUCUUAGUAACAUAGUUGCCUGUCAGUAACAGGCAAUCGUGAUUCUGGUUCGGUAUUGGAAGAAAACUCGGUUUGAUUUCAUGAAAAUCUAGACACCAUCUUUAUUAAAACAUGUAUUUGCUAUACAGAGGUUGACCAUUAAACUACAAAUAGAUGUAAUUCAUUUGAUCAAUAUAGAAACCAAGGUGUUAUGUACAUCUUUUAAUUUUUAAUAACUCAGUUUAGGCAAAAACACGUUGUUUUACUUCCCCUUUAAAUUACUUACAGACUCUACUUGUAGGAGACAGGCACCAUAGCAGCAUAGUCUACCCACGGGGCUGCGAGUCUGCAGGGAUCCGGAGCACAAACACCUGUAUGACAACAUCACCGUGAAAGUUCAUUGACCCCUGCUGUAGGUGUGGCCACGAGGGCUCGUUUACAUUCUGCCUUCAUCCACACAGAGUGCACUUGAAGCCGAAGCUCUUAUUAUCCACGGAAUCACACGAUAACAACUAACUUUCUGUGUCCGGAUUGUCA